AUGUUUAGCAGGAGAUUAACCAUGAAUUUAUCGAGUCCACUUUCUCGUUUACUUGUGACUAAACAACAUUUGCAACCUAAUCGUCUUAAUAGUUCGUUAAGUUCAUCUGUAGAACUGAUUACUAAAGUGACUCAAGGUACCAAAUAUACUACUGAUUUUAAAAAUUAUGGUGUCAAUAAUGGGGAAAUUGUUUCAUAUUUACAUGAUAUCCCACUCAAUUUAGAUUUACAAAACAAAACAGCAACUAUGGUGGUUGAAAUUCCUCGUUGGACUAAUGGGAAGUUUGAAAUUAAUACAAAACUUCCAGGUAAUCCGAUUACUCAAGAUAUAAAGAAGGGUAAAGUUCGAUUUGUUAAAAACUUAUUCCCACAUCAUGGGUACAUUCACAAUUAUGGUGCCUUUCCACAAACUUGGGAAGAUCCAACCAAUAAGAAUGAAGAAUUGAACUUGUUUGGUGAUAAUGAUCCAUUAGAUGUAUGUGAAAUUGGAACUUAUGUUGGGAGUUUAGGAGAAAUUAAAACUGUAAAGAUUCUUGGUUCUUUGGCCUUGAUUGAUGAUGGAGAACUUGACUGGAAGAUCAUUGCUAUAGAUGUCAAAGAUCCAUUAUCUCAAGAAUUAUUCGACAUUCAUGAUGUAUUUGUCAAAUGUCCUGGACUUCUUGAAACCACAAGACAAUGGUUCCGUGACUAUAAGUUACCAGAUGGGAAGUCAGAGAAUAAAUUUGCAUUCAAUGGUGUUUAUAAGAAUCAAGAAGAAACUCUUCAAGUGAUUGAAGAAUGUGUUGAAGCUUGGAAAAGACUCAUUGAAGGGAAAGUGCAAGGUGAUGACUUGCCUACGAUACAAAACACAACUUUCCCAGAUACACCUGGCUACAGUAAAUCUUAUGAUAUAAAGAUUAUUGAUGAAAGUGAAAAGGAGGCACCAAUUGAUAAGUCGGUUCAUAAGAAUUACUUCUUCUCAGUUGAGUAA